AUGUUGACCUUUACCAAAAUUGCAUUUAUUUCAAGUCUGUUAAUUUUGUUACCAUUUGGGAGACCUGAGAAACAAAAUCCAGGAAGAAAAGCAACAGAGUAUACCAUAGAAGAUUUGAAAACAAUGGGAAACAAAUCCAUUCCUUUGAAAAGGAGCACAAAUUUAACUUUGGGAAAUGAAAGUAGUAACAUCUCCAAACCCAUGCUGACAAAUACCUCUCUUUUGGAUCUAACAAGAACCUAUGAACCAAUAAAUUCCACAAGUAAUUGGAAAGCAGCUAGCUCUACUAUGCUUCCAAGACCCACCUCCGCUUAUUCUGCCCCUCCCUUGGCUCACCACUUUGUUUCCAAGUCGCCUUUGAACUCAUCUACAGCAGAUGUGAAUCCUUUACAGGUCUCAGAACAUUCCAAUCCUAUACAUCCCACAACAUCAGAGACAUUUACUUGGUCUCUGGACAAUGAAACCAUGAAAACUCCUGACAAUAUUUCCAGUACAGUCAGCCUCCUCCCUCUGCCUCCAAUGACUACACCUAUAACCCCUUUGACAAUUGAACCUACUGGAUGGCUUGCCACAAACAAUGAUGACUUCGCUGGUUUUACACCAUAUCAAGAAAAAACAACUUUACAGACUACCUUAAAAUCCACCAAUAAUUCAAAACUUUUUUCGGAUUCAUCAGACCCCCAAAAAGGGAACAAGAAUACAGGAAUAAUAUUUGGAGCCAUUUUAGGGGGAAUUCUGGGUGCUUCCUUGUUUAGUCUUGUUGGCUAUUUAUUGUGUGGACAACGGAAAACCGAUUCAUUUUCCCAUCGGCGACUUUAUGAUGACAGAAAUGAACCAGUUCUGCGAUUAGACAAUGCACCAGAACCUUAUGAUGUCAAUUUUGGAAAUUCUAGUUAUUACAACUCAGCUGUGAGUGAUUCAUCCAUGCCAGAAGGUGGAGAAAGUGUGCAUGAUGGCAUUCCCAUGGAUGAUAUACCUCCACUUCGAACCUCAAUAUAA